AUGGUGAACUUCUACACCUCCAUCAUCGAGUCCAUCCUCACCUACUCCAUCACCAUCUGGUACGCCGCAGCCACAGCCAAGGAUAAGGGCAGGCUGCAGCGUGUCAUCCGCUCUGCAGAGAAGCUCCCACCGCUCUUCGAUGGCUGUUUCUUCUUCCUCCUUGGCUCCUUCAAAGCGCCGUCCAAAGACAAGCUCACCAAGCUGCUCCGGGAGGGGGGGGGUCAGCUCCUGAUCCGGCAGCCCAAGCCCGACAGCGACGUGACGCAGACCCUGAGCGCUGCGGCCUACCACGCUCUGCCGGGCUCCGACCAGGCCCUCUGCACCCAGUACAUCAUCUUUGAACGCCAGGGCCCCCACAAGCCACCAGCGGUGAGGAGGGGUAAGGUGUGGUCCGCUCCCUCCAACUGGAUCAUCGACUGCAUCGCUGCCUUCCGACUCCUCCCCGUGUCUCACCCUCAAACAUAGGUUUAAACAGGUUUUCCUAUAUUCAAUAACAAUUUUGCUCUUUUAUAACGUGUCCUUAAGCAUGGUCAUCAUGUUCUCUCUUAGUUUUUUUUAUAUGCAAUGAUUAAGUGACAGUUAUCACCGAAACAUUUGAAUGUUGCUUAAAAUAAUAAAGUGCCAAUG